UCUUAGAGAGAGAUGGACUGGCUGAGAAGAUGCACUCCGACGGCGGCGGCGGCGAUAUUGGUGGUGACGGCGUGCGUUCUUCUGCAGCAAGUUUCGGCGACGCGGUAUACCGUCGGAGGGAACAUGGGAUGGAACACCAACGUUAACUUCACAGUUUGGGCUCAAGGCAAAAACUUCUAUAAUGGCGAUUGGCUAUACUUUGUUUAUGACAGAAACCAGAUGAACGUAUUGGAAGUGAAUAAAACAGAUUACGAGACCUGCAACUCGGAUCAUUUCCUGCAGAAUUGUACCACCGGAGCUGGAAGAGAUGUGGUCCAACUUAAGGAGACCCGACCUUACUAUUUCCUUAGCGGUAAAGGGUUCUGCUGGGGGGGCAUGAAGGUACUGAUUGACGUCCAAAACCUACCGCCGCCUCCUUCAGCUCAACCCAAAAAGAGCAAAUCUGCUUCUACAAACCACCCUUCAUUUCUUCUAGGACUCAUUGUAGCAGCAGCAGCAGCCGUUCUUGGCAUCGAUAUGAUCAAUUAAUUGAGACUCA